AUGUCAUCUGCAGACAGGUACUCUCGUGUUCAGAAGAAGCGAAUCAAGGUGGCCCGUCCAAACAGUGUUGCUCAGUACAAGAUUUAUGGGAACACCACUUGGACGCUCAUUCGUAGCACAGGAUUCAACGUUACGCAGGUGGAAUUCCGCAGGCGAAUUGCACAAAGCUACCUGAAGGCAUGGGACAAUAAGCCUAGAGGACCUGGUCAACGCACAAUUCAAAAGACUGGUGAUGUGCUGACUGGUACACUUGUUUUAGAGAUACACAGAGAGUGCUUGCCUGUUGAGGACGCGCAGGUUUCGGAGCUCAUCGUGAGCAAGGGCUACCCCGUGGAAGAGCACACAGUGGUCACUGCAGAUGGCUACAUCCUGCGCAUGCAAAGAAUACCACGGGGAAGGAAUGAGCCUGUGGUACUCGGCGCCAACUACUGCAAACCAGUUGUUCUCGUCAUCCAUGCUCUCGCAGUUUCAUCAGCCGACUUUGUGAUGAAUUUUCCUGAACAGAGCCUGGGAUUUGUGCUCGCCGAUGCUGGUUAUGAUGUCUGGCUUGGCAAUUUGCGAGGCAACGAGUACACCAGUCAUGUGACGUACAAAAAGUCUGAUGGGAUGUUCUGGCGCUUCAGCUUUGACGAGAUGAUUAUGUAUGACACUCCCUCAAUGAUUGACGCAGUGCUUGGUCGCACAAACAAUACAAGGCUGCUGUACAUAGGCUUUUCCCAGGGAACACAGGUUCUGUUUGGCCUUCUGGCACAGCAACCGGAAUACAACAAAAAGAUAAGCCUAUUUCUUGCCAUGGCUCCCAUCGUCUAUUUGGGACAUCUGAAAGCAAUGUCCCAUAUGCUUGUGCCCUUCGCUGAGGUCCUCAGGCUGGUUCGCUGCAACUGCUUUCGAAAAUUUAACUAUGGAGGUGCUAAAAACCUAAAGAAAUAUGGAUCAGAGGUACCCCCAAGCUAUGUAUUAUGCAAUGUUAAAGUUCCUGUGGCUCUUUAUCAUAGCGAGGGGGACGUCUACGCUGUACCGAAAGACGUUGCAAGGCUUGAGGGGGAGCUGCCCAACGUCAUCCGGAGCUAUCAAGUGCCGGACAAGCUCUUCACGCAUUACGAUUUUGCACUUGGAAUGCACGCAGCAGAUAUGGUGUACAUGGAUAUGCUUGAGCUUAUGAACAAAUAUCGAGACUCGUGAGAGCUGAUUUUG